AUGACAACGACAUCAGCUCCCCGAGGCUGCGGCAACAUCAAUGCUGACUAUUAUCUGCUCUGUGACAUGGAGCAGGCCUGGGGCAUUGUCCUGGAAUCACUGGCUGCAGCUGGAGUCAUUGUCACCAUUUUCCUCAUCUGCUCACUCUUCUUCCUCAUCUGUAAAGUCCAAGACAACAGCAAGCGACACAUGAUCUCCAUCUAUUUCUUUUUCCUCUUAGGCACCCUUGGCAUUUUUGGUCUCACGUUUGCCUUUAUCAUUAAACUCAAUGACAAUACUCGUCCCACACGCUUUUUCCUAUUUGGAGUCCUCUUCGCUCUUUGCUUUUCCUGUCUCCUCACCCAUGCCUGCAACCUCAACAAACUAGUGAAAGGAAGAAAGUCCUUCUCCUGGCUGGUGUUGCUGCUUCUCAUUGCUGCCUUUGCUCUGGUGCAAGUUGUGAUCAGCAUUGAGUACCUAGUCACCAUGAUAGUAAACCAAAAAGAUGUAUUUCUGAAUAUGUCUGCAGAGAAGACCAACAAAGACUUUGUCAUGCUACUGAUCUAUGUGCUCUUCUUAAUGGCUCUGACUUUCCUGGUUUCCAUGUUCACAUUUUGUGGGCCAUAUAGAACCUGGAAGAGGCAUGGAGCACACAUCUUUGUCACUGUCCUGUUCUCCAUUGCCAUUUGGGUGGUGUGGAUCACUAUGCUCACAAGAGGCAACAUAAAUUUAAACCAUCCUACCUGGGAUGAUCCUGUCGUGGCCAUUGCUCUGGUGUCCAAUGGAUGGAUCUUCUUGAUAAUGUACAUGAUCCCUGAAAUUUGUUUCCUCACUGCCCCUCUGAGGCUGGAAGACUACCCUGCAGAAAACGAUUUUUGCAAUCCCAGAUUGAUAAAACAGACCUCUGGAGUGGACAAUCAUGCCUACACCCAAGAUGAAAUUCUGCAAGGAGGAAAAGGAGACCCCAGCAGCUCCCCAUACUCUCCUCAACUUCAGAUGAAGGCCAUCGAACCCCAGAAGGAUUUCAGCAUCCCUCGGCCUAAAGCCCAGCCCAGCCCUUACCAUGAUUACACUGGUGGGAAAGGUCCCAUGUAG